ACCGACCAAUAAUGAUGCAUAUCUCAUAUGUGAUCCUCACUAGAACCAAAAUCAUGUAGGCAGAAGUGGCUUCCCCAUCUCAUCUCUCUAUCACUCUGAAUUUCAUAUUUAUGGAACACUUAUACCACUAUCUAGCUCUUUUCCUCUCAAUUUUUUUGAUCACCAAAUUCCUCUUCCACCGCAACAAAAAUUCUCCACCAGGUCCAUUCGCUCUGCCACUAAUUGGUCACCUCCACCUACUUAAACAACCACUUUGUCAAACACUAGAGAGUCUAUCGCUGAAGCACGGUCCAAUCUUGUCCCUUAAAUUUGGUUGUCGCUCGGUCCUCGUCCUAUCUUCUCCUUCCGCAGUUGAUGAGUGCUUCGCCCAAAACGAUGUAACAUUUGCAAACCGGCCACGAACCAUGGCCGGCGAUUAUCUGACUUACAAUUAUGCCAACUUUGUCUGGGCUCCUUACGGCCACGUUUGGCGCAGCCUCCGGCGCCUCAGCACCACUGAAAUAUUAUCUCAGAAAAGCCUACAGAAAUUCUCUGCCAUACGAGAAGAACAAGUUUGUUCUUUUGUUCGCCAACUAUUGAAGAUCAUAGGAAAUGGAACCCAAAAGGUGGAGUUGCAGUAUUUGUUUUCGACCUUGCUGUUCAAUAUCAUGAUGAGUGUGGCUGCAGGGAAGCAAUGCAUCGAAGAAGAAAUCGCCACCACAAUUUUGGGUAAGCAAUAUCUCCAAGAAAUGAAAGAUAAAUUUUUCGCCAGUUUAACCAUCUGCAUGUGUGAUUUCUUCCCAAUUCUGAGGUGGGUUGAUUAUAAACAAUCGAAAAAGAGUAUGAUAAUGUUGCAUAGACAACGAGACGAAUUCUUGCAGGGUUUGAUAGAGGAGAUUAGGCAAAAGAAAAGCACUCCUUUGAAUCCUACUACAGCUUUGGAGUCUGAAAAGAGGACAACACUCAUUGAAAGUCUAUUGUCACUUCAAGAAUCAGAUCCUGAAUAUUACUCCGACAUUGUUGUCAAAGCAAUUUUACUGAUGAUGUUUAUUGCUGGAACUGAAAUGUCUGUAAUUACAAUGGAUUGGACAAUGUCACUCCUUCUGAAUCAUCCGGAAGUACUGAAAAAGGUUCGAGAAGAGAUUGACUGCCACGUUGGACCAGGGCGUUUGCUGAAGGACUCAGAUCUACCGAAGCUUCGAUAUCUUCAUUGUGUCAUAAACGAGACGCUUAGAUUAUAUCCGGCAGCACCACUGUUGUUGCCACAUUCAUCUUCAGAGGAUUGCAGUGUAGGAGGAUUUCACAUACCCCGAGACACGAUCUUGAUGUUGAACGUUUGGACCAUUCAUAGAAAUCCCAACAUUUGGGAGGAACCCACCAAGUUCAAGCCAGAGAGAUUCGAAGCGAUGGACGGGAAAAAAGAAAGCUUCAAAUUUAUUCCAUUUGGAGUGGGAAGGAGGGCAUGUCCAGGUGCGGCCAUGGGCAUCCGAAUGAUUUCCUUGGCAUUGGGAACUCUCAUUCAGUGCUUUGAUUUGGAAAGGGUUGGGCAUGAGCUGGUGGAUAUCAACCCAGAAUUUGGAACUGCACUCAGAAGGAACAAACCUUUAGAAGCUGUUUGUAGUGCUCGACAUGUCAUGGUUGACGUCCUCGCUCAACUUUGAUACUUGAUGCAACCUUUUUUUUUUUUUUAGUAAACAGAAUCGUAAUUAUGUUAUAGUGGAACUCUGUACCACGUGUUGUGGAAAUCAUUUCAAUUUGUAAUUGAGAAAGUCGAGAAAGAAAUUUUGAAAGCCUAAUUAAUUAAAA